UGUUGGUUCUUUGGCACCGGGAACCCACACCGCUUCGGUGUGCUCUAAGUAGCAUGGCAGAAUUGAGCACCCGCGCCCUCCUCUUUAAAUAAACCUCGCCUGAACCCAAAGCAGCUUGACCCAACGUCCGCUUGAGUCAGAGAACCUGCCUAGCGGGUCCCCAACCUGGUGCCAAGCAGCAAUGGAAUUCUACGGCUCGACGAGCAGCAUUGAACGCGUAUCUCCCGGGGUCGUGGUCAAGAAAGCUCACCCAUUCGAAGAGGACCACUAUGUCAAACGGUUCGCGAAUAACUUCUCGGUAGAGCGGCAGAUCCUUGAGAGAUUGGGUCAUCACCCGAGGAUCGUCAGAUACCUCGGUAUGCAGGGGAAUGGCAUCCUUCUUGGAGAAGCCAGCCACGGCAACCUCCAGACGUACAUUGACCAACACCACGCGUCUACCUCUGUAGAGCAGCGCCUGCUCUGGUGCCGCCAGCUCGCCGAGGCCAUCGCUUUCAUCCACAGCCGUGGCGUCAUUCACUCGGACCUCCGGCCGGGGAAUAUCCUGGUGCACGAGACAGUGCCGGGCGCGCGGGAUCUGCUCCUCGCCGACUUUGGUGGCUCGGUGUGCAAGGAGCUCGGCCUCGAUGGACUGUCCCUCCCCGAUGGCCCGUUCUACAGUCCCGUGUUCCAGUCGGAGCCAAGUACCUUGCUUGACAUCUUCGGUAUGGGAUCGAUAUUCUAUACGAUCCACACGGGACGGUGGGCCUAUAAACCGACGCCGGGGCGGUUCGAGAACCUGGACGAGCGGUUGGACUGGGAGGAGAAGGUGGCGUACCCGAACUUCCUACAGGACAGGUUCCCAGAGGACGUCAAGGACUUGCCGGCAGGGGACGUGAUUCUGGCCUGCUGGAAGAGGAAAUAUGAAAAGGCGGAUGACGCAUUGGCUGCUCUGGACAAGUAUCUGGAGGCACGCGGUGAAGGUGUUAGUGGUGAGAGAAUAGCUGUCACGGAGGUGGAAGUGAAUGGGGCUUACUGAAUUCUCAACAACCUAGCUCAGGGGAGUGUGAUUAGAAGAGUGCUGAGCAUUCACCUAGAGUCCGUAUUAGG